AGAUUAUUAAUUACUUUUAGGCUAAUAACUUGGAACUAACUGAAGAAAAUAAAAUAAUAAAUGGUAUUUCCUUUAGGGGAAAAAGACAUCCUUCGUUGUUAGUGAUGAUGAUGAGGAUUCUGCUUUGUGAUUAGUGGAAAUGAAAAAUGGUAAAGGCUUCUUUGUCAAGUAUGCAGCUAGAACUAUGUUGUUUUUCUGCAGAAACCUGUUCAUUUUGGAAAAAGUGGUCCCAAAUGGUGCAACUGCCACCAUUGGAACAACCGUCAUAGAUUCAUAUGGAAGUUUUUGUGCUCAACUUUCUCUAACAGCAUUGUCAAGGGAUUAAGCACUUCUCUCUGUUCAACUUGCAAAGCACACCUCCUGGUUUUUGGAGGAAGCUACUUCCAAGUGAGAGAAAUGAGGUUAGGGGCAAACUAAGUCUGUUCCUGUGUUUAGUGAUUUUUAUUUUUUAGUUUUGUUAAGAAUAUCAGUUCAAUGAUUAAUUGUGUGUGGAUGUGAAAAAGCUCAUCAAUUCCUAGGUGAAAAGAGAGAUUAUCCUCUCCUCUUUAGAGAUAUUACUUUAAAACAAUCAAUUAUACUAUUGGAAAUAGUAUAUCAUAUCUUGUUAAUAUAGAAUAGGUUGAUACAUGACUAUUUUGUAAAUUUAAUUAAUAUGAGAAAACUAUAGUAGCAAUAGUUACAAUAGUAACUAUCCUUGUUUUUAGGAGCAAUAGUUAGCUUCUCAAGGUUAAGCUUACAUCAAUGCAAAAACUCCUUUGAUUAUCUAUAUAUAUAUAUAUAUAUAUAUAUUUUUUUUUUUUUGAACAGGGUUACAAAUUGGGGGUGGGGGGAUUUGAACCCCAGCCCUCAAUGCACCUUACGAGCCGGCCUAUGGCCGUUGGGCCGUGAGGCCCAAGUGCUUGAUUAUCAAUAUUUGAAAAGGCUGUAACAAUAGUUAAUUAUUCUACAAAAAUCAUCUGGUGUAAGGAUGAAGAGAGACCUCAUAGGAAAAAUCUCAGAGGUAAUAUCUUUUCAUUGAUGACAGUCCCUGAAGCUGUCUCCAAGUGUAAAAAGACUCUUGAAACUAAAAAUAACUGAAGUCUCAAGGGAAGAUAGGUUCUAAGUUGGAAUUCCUCCACACCACUUGGAUUAAAAUCCUAUCUAAUGAACCUGAAUUAAAUCAUCUGGUGUGACUUGGGGAUAAUCCAAUGGUUAUGAGAGGUUUAAGUAAGGGGAGGUUCUCCCCUGAGUAGCCCAUUGUAAGAUGUAUCAAUAACACUUCUGUAUUUUA